CCUUUGUUCGUGACAGCUCGUGUUAUAGUUGUGUCGUUUUUCCCUUCUUUCUCUCAGUUUGUUAUUUGUAGACUUACCCAACCUGUCGGAUACCAUAGAAGCACUUGUACAUUCCAGCUACCGACUAGGAGUAAAUAAUUGCGAAAAUGGUGUUUACCCCGCCUGCUUGGGUGCCUGAGUUGCCUUUCGACCCACCUGAUUCUAUCCCCAUUCAUGAAUUUUGGAGCAAUGAGAAAUAUGGCAGACAACCGCUCUCAAGGUCGCGGAAUCCCUUCACAUGCGGCGUUACGGGGAAGACGUACACGAGUACCGAGAUGGCUGAGCGAUUCCAGCUACUAGCUAGAGCAUUAGCAAAGCGCAUGGGUUGGAGGCCAAAUGAGGAGACGCACUGGGAUAAAGUGGUCGGAGUUUAUUCCUUCAAUUCAAUUGACUACUCUAUGUCGACCUUCGCAGUACACCGAUUGUCAGGCAUUGUGACACCCGCCAACGCCAUGUACUCAGCACAAGAGCUAGAACACCAACUUAGAUCAUCCGGUGCCAAGGCGUUAUUCACGUGUAUCCCGCUAUUAGAGACAGCUCUGAAAGCAGCGAAAGCAUGCAACAUACCAGAGAACAAAAUUUUCAUACUGCGAUUGCCCGGUCAAUUUAACGCCGUUCCAUUCAAGACACUCGACGAUCUUAUCGAGGAGGGCCGAUCGCUACCGGAGUUAGAACCAUUGGUUUGGUCGAAGGGACAAGGUGCGCGGCAGGUUGCAUACUUGUGCUAUUCCAGCGGCACUUCAGGUCUUCCGAAAGCUGUUAUGAUCGCUCACCGAAAUGUGAUUGCGAACAUGAUGCAAAUCCGAUGGCACGAGGAUCCAGGACGAAGAGCUAAAGGUGUCGAGACGCAGGUCCAACUUGGCCUGUUACCAUUCAGUCAUAUCUAUGGGCUGGUGGUAGUCGUACAAGCUGGUACAUACCGAGGAGACGAAGUGAUCGUUUUGCCUAAAUUCGAGCUGAAGACUUUACUGGAAACCAUCCAAAGGUUUAAGAUCCAGGUUAUGCAUAUUGUCCCUCCUAUCGUCAUACAGUUGUUGCGAAAUCCGGAUCUAUGCGCAAAAUACAACCUGAAAAGCCUCCGAUACGUCUACACAGGAGCUGCACCACUCGGCGCCGAGACGCACGAGGAUAUGGUGAAAGCAUUUCCAUUCUUACAGGUCGGUCAGGGUUACGGCAUGACGGAGACUAGCACAGUAGUCCUCAGCACAGGCGAGAACGAUGUCCUAGUGGGCUCUUCAGGGUCUCUUGCACCUGGGUGCCGGGCCAAGCUGAUAAACGAGGACGGGAAGGAAAUCACUGGGUACGAAGAGCGUGGUGAACUUUGGGUCCAGUCUCCUUCUGUGACUCUUGGGUACCUGAACAACGAGAAGGCGACUUCUGAAGCUUAUGUCUGGGACCACGAUGGCCGCUGGAUGCGAACUGGAGAUGUUGCGGUGGUUCGGAAAGCUCCAUCUGGGUAUGAGCAUUUCGCUGUUGUUGAUCGCUUAAAAGAAUUGAUCAAAGUUAAGGGUCACCAGGUUGCACCAGCCGAAUUAGAAGCUCACCUCCUCAGCCACCCUCAUGUCAACGACUGCACAGUCAUCCCUGUGCCGGACGAGGGGUCGGGAGAGGUACCGAAGGCAUUCGUCGUCAAGUCUGCUUCGGCAGCAUCGAAAUCAGACGAAGAAGUUUCGCGGGAUAUUUAUAAGUGGGUUGAAGAGCACAAAGCUAGAUAUAAAUGGCUGAAGGGUGGAAUUGAAUUUAUCGACGCCGUACCCAAGAGUCCGAGCGGAAAGAUUUUAAGGCGACUCUUGAAGGACAGGGAAAGGGAGAAGAGGAGAGCUAAUGGGGCAAAGUUGUAAAGACUGUGCUGUGGGUUUACAUUUAGCGGGCACAUAUUAUUACCAUUCUCACGAUGGAUCCUAUAUCAUAGAGUAACUUAGAAAUUUGUAGCCUUUUAUUAUUCAUUCGUGGCCGCUAUUGUUGCGAGCAUCUUAUGGCUAAACCCGUACUUAGCACCGAGAGG